GGCGCCGCUUCCGCCUGUGAGCCGCGGCGGCCAGAUGGGAUGCUGGCGGAAUGUUUGAGGCGGGCUCUUCAGGGAGAGCCAGGUGUUGGGGCAACGUCCACGGGCCUCUGGUCCUUAUCGCUCCAGCAUUGUAACACAUCAGCAUUACUCGCCGCUGAGCCAUUUUGGACACACGGGGUCGACGGGGGCAGACUCUCUCUCUCUCUCUCUCUCUCUCCCUCUUUAUCUCUCGCUCUCUCUCUCUCGUCGCUGCCAUAUGUAGAAGAAGCCCACACGGAAGUUGUUGGAUGGCAGCUCUUUUCCACAAGUUCACAAUGAAGACCGGCGUUUUCCUGCUCCUGCUCGCAGCUUUCACCUGUGGAGCCGCGCAGGGGGAAGAAAAUGCAGUCGAGGAGCUGCAGGUGGAGACCUUGGUGAAACCCGAAACUUGCUCUGUACUUUCCACAAUGGGAGACACGCUGCGGAUCCACUACACGGGUAAACUAAUGGAUGGAAAGGUGAUCGACUCAUCGCUAUCCCUGGACCCUCUUGUUGUCGAGCUUGGGAAGAGGACAGUUAUUGCCGGUCUGGAGCAAAGCUUGGUUGGCGUGUGUGAAGGGCAAAAAAUCAAAGCCACUAUUCCUUCUCACCUUGCUUAUGGAAAAAAAGGUUACCCUCCUACGAUUCCAGGUGAUGCUGCUCUUGAGUUCGAGGUGGAGGUGGUCGCUCUGAUGCAGCAGACGCCGUGGCAGAAAAUGGUCAACGACGUGUUCCCCCUUGUGUGUUUGGCCCUGGUGCCCACUCUGCUCGGCUUGGUCGGACUAUACCUCUACAAAAAGGCUAAUGCCGAGAAGCCGAGCAAAAAGAAGGCGAAGGAUAAGAAGAGCAAGAAGAAAUAAGGACAAAAGCACAGAACUAUUUAAAUAAAAAAAUUUAAUUGUA